CAAAACAACGGCGUCUGUAACCACUUCACCUCUCCAACAUGUAAGCUAAUUUCCAGAGGAGGGCAGCAGAGAGCUUCAGUGCUGUGUAAAAUGUCACGUGACCCGUUGGGCCUAAAGCACAGGACAUGAGUGUGUUGACAAUAAUGUUGCAGUGCUCUGCUUUCAUAGCUCUCUGUUCAUCAUUCUCUCUAGCUCGCCUAAAUUGCCGGUGUUUCUUUUUUUGAUUUCCUGAACCUCCUUCAGCCUAUAUCAGCAGGCUUAAAGAGCAUUAGGAUAUUUCCUCCAUGGCCAAGAGUCCUGUUUUCUCGAGCUGUGCCAGCCUGAGUCCUGAAGGGAUUCUGAGAGAGAUCCAGAUCAACUUACUGGAGUGUAAAGUCUGCUUCGAGAAGUUCAGCACUCAGCAGAGGGAGCGCAGACCACAGAACCUUUCCUGUGGCCAUGUACUCUGUCUGGAAUGCAUCACAGCUCUGUCCCACCCUCUCCUGAGGAAGCUGGAGUGCCCGUUCUGUCGACAGCUGUGCAGCACUGACAGCACCUCCCACUGCCAGGUCCUUAGUGACCUGCAGGAGCUGUUGUUGUCUUGGACUUCCAGAUCUUCGGCUCCUUCUCACAGGGUAAAAGGAAGCCUUGGCUUGGCCGCAGAUCUGACAUCUACAGUUCCGCACCUCUGUGCAGUUUUUGGUGGGUGGGGGACUCUUAUCAACCCCACUGGGAUAGCCAUUUUGGGCUCUUCAGGGACAAUAGUAGUGGUGCAUGAUGGAGAAACAAUGGUGGUGGUGCUCAGUCCACAGGGUAAGAAGCUGCACAGUUUUGGGCGAAGAGGAAAAACCAGUGGGGAGAUCUGUUACCCAGUUGAUGUGGCGGUGACUCCUAGUGGUUACGUAGUGGUGACUGAUGCAGGUGAUAAAGCUGUGAAGGUUUUCAACUCUAGGGGCAUCCAUGUGCUGGUGGUCAAAGAUUCCUUCCAGAUGCCCUGGGGUGUGGACACAAACAGCUGUGGACACAUCCUAGUCUCGGAUGUUCAAGCUGGCACACUAUCCCAGAUAAAAAUGGACUAUACUCAUGGCCUCAUUCUGGAGCAUCAGGCAGCCAUUUCAGACCUCCAACAUCCAAAAGCAGUGGCAUGCUGUCAGGUGACUGGGAACACUGCAGUGAUGGAGCAUUUACCUCAUGACACAUAUCCACCUGGGAGUCGCCAACACACCAGGCUGAGAGUGUUUACAAAAGACUUCCACCUCCUUUAUCAGACCGACAGUUUCAGCCUGACCCUGCAGUUCACUGUGAGGCUGAACAUGUCUGGCGUGGCCUUUGACCGGGAUGGAAACGUGAUUGUGAUUGAUUCCAAUCAGGGAAUGAUUUGGAGUUUGGGGAAUCUCCAAAAUGGUCCAGCCUUGACUCCGCUAGUGGGAGAGAGCCUUAUCCGCCCAGUUGGACUCGUGUCACUUGAUAACAAGCUGGUUAUUCUAGAUGGUGGAGAUCAUACAGUGAAGAUUUAUUCUGCUAAAACUGAUGCUGGGCCCAUAUAGCUCCUGUAUGUACCUAGCCCUACAGUAGCGGAAUAUAGCUUACAUUUUGAAGUGACAAGGUGAUCUGGCAAUAUUAUUUAAAUGUAAAUAUAUAUUGGUUUUGCAUUGAUAAAUUGAAAUGAUAAAUGUGAAUAUAAUAAAAUCAGUGUUACAGGCUGAUU